GCAAUUAUCUUAACCCAAACCAAUUUAGGGCCCAACAUCACAUAAUAGAAACCAGCAUCCAUCUCCAUAGUAGUCAUUCAUUGGUCACCAUCUUCCUCCUUCGCCACUUUCACAAAACAAUCUAAACCCUCAUUCCCAAAUUUCACAUUUCCAUUCAUUCAUCCCCAAACACAGAGAAAGAAUUCACAAAACUAAACACAGCUCAUUUUUCUGCAAUGGCUCCGAAUUUGGAAUGUCGCAUGUACGAAGCAAGAUACCCAGAAGUGGAUAUGGCGGUGAUGAUACAGGUGAAGAAUAUCGCAGACAUGGGUGCUUACGUAUCCCUUCUCGAAUACAACAACAUCGAGGGUAUGAUUCUAUUCUCUGAGCUCUCACGUCGUCGGAUCCGCAGUGUUAGCAGUCUCAUCAAGGUUGGUCGAAUCGAACCGGUGAUGGUUCUUCGUGUUGAUAAGGAAAAGGGUUACAUUGAUCUUAGUAAACGUAGAGUUUCUGAAGAAGAUAUUCAAGCUUGUGAAGAAAGGUAUAAUAAGAGUAAGCUUGUGCAUUCUAUUAUGCGCCAUGUUGCUGAAACAUUGAACCUCGAUUUAGAGGAUCUUUAUGUUCACAUUGGAUGGCCUUUGUAUCGCAAAUAUGGUCAUGCUUUUGAGGCGUUCAAAAGAGUUUUGGCUGAUCCUGAUGCGGUUUUGAGCGCACUCACGCGUGAAAUCAAGGAAGUUGGUCCUGAUGGGCAAGAAGUGACUAAGGUGGUACCUGCUGUAUCUGAAGAAGUGAAGGAAUCUCUACUGAUGAAUAUUAGAAGACGAAUGACUCCCCAGCCAUUGAAACUCAGGGCAGAUAUUGAAAUGAAAUGUUUUCAAUUUGAUGGAGUUCUCCACAUUAAGGAGGCAAUGCGGAAGGCUGAAGCUGCUGGAAAUGAUGACUGUCCUGUGAAUAUUAAACUUGUUGCUCCUCCGCUUUAUGUGCUUACCACUCAUACCCUUGACAAGGAGCAAGGAAUAUUGGUUCUCAAGAAUGCCAUUGCUUGUUGCAUGGAAUCAAUAGAAAAGCACAAGGGUAAACUUACUGUGAAGGAGCAACCCAAAGUGGUGAGUGAACGUGAUGAUAAAAUGCUUAUUGAUAUCAUGAAUAAGAUACAACAAGAUAAUGAAGAGGUCGGAGGCGAUGAUGACAGUGAAGAGGAAGAAGAUACUGGAAUGGGCGAGGUUGAUCUGGACAAUGGUAAUGCGAUAACGGAGUGAAAAAUAUUUUGUGAUCAUUGUAAGGCAUAGAUAGAGUAUAGCAAAGCUUUACUAAUUUUGCUCAUUCUUUUUUGUCACUUUGAUAAUUUUGCUCAUUCUUUUUUGUCUCUUUGAUUGUGGUUGUAUUGUGGGAGUAUUAUACAAAUAUACAAGCUUGGAAUUUUGCUCAUACUUUUUUCUAUCUCUUAAUAUUAAGGAAAAUUAGUUUGC